AUGGCUCCACCAAUGUUAACUUCAAACCAUACACAGACUGUAACUGGGUGGGCAGCUCAUGAUCCUUCUGGCAAGAUCACACCCUAUACAUUCAAGAGAAGAGAAAAUGGAAUUAGUGAUGUGACAAUAAAGAUCUUGUACUGUGGCAUGUGCCGUACUGAUGUCCAUUUUGCCAAGAAUGAUUGGAGUGACUCCAUAUAUCCUCUUAUUCCAGGGUAUGAAAUAACAGGAAUGAUUGAAAAAGUGGGAAGCAAGGUUAGCAAUUUCAAGAUUGGUGACAGAGUUGGGGUUGGUUUUACAAUUGGUUCAUGUUUGGAGUGUGAACAUUGCACAUCUUCUCAAGAAAAUUAUUGUGAGAAAUUUGUUUCUGUAUACAAUAGCAUAUUUUGGGAUGGAGGCAUCACUUAUGGUGGUUAUUCAACUAUGUUGGUUGCAGAUCACAGAUAUGUAAUACACAUGCCAAACAACCUACCUUUGGAUAGAUCAGCACCAUUAUUAGGUGCUGGGAUUACAGUGUACUCACCAAUGAAAGACAGCCACUUGUUUGAAACAAGAGGGAAGAGAAUAGGUGUGGCUGGUUUAGGAGGUUUGGGACAUUUGGCAAUCAAAUUUGGCAAAGUGUAUGGUCAUCAUGUAACUGUGCUUAGCACUUCUCCAUCCAAAGAGAAAGAUGCUAAAGAGCUAUUAGGUGCAGAUGAUUUUGUUGUUGUCACCAAUGAGGAUAAAAUGAAGAUGAGGAAGAGAAGCCUAGACUUUAUUAUGGACACAAUAUCAACCAAGCAUUCCCUUGGACCUUACUUGGAGUUGCUCAAGGUAAAUGGAACCCUAGCAAUGGUGGGUGCACCUUCUAAGCCUUCGGAUUUUCCAAUAUUACCCUUGAUAUAUGGGAAGAGAACAGUGAAAGGAAGCAUCAUAGGAAGCAUAAAAGAGAUUCAAGAAAUGAUGGAUUUUUGUGGAAAACACUACAUCUUGAGUGACAUUGAAAUUGUAUCAAUAGAUAAAAUUAAUGAAGCGUUUGAUAGGCUUGAAAAAAAUGAUGUUAAGUUUCGUUUUGUUCUUGAUGUUACUGGAAAAUCAAAACUAGAGUAUUAG